CUUCUUCUUUAAGAGGCGCACUCCUCGGCCCAGAGAACUAUUUAAAUCCAUCGUUACCUCGACGAGCACCUUCCCCGGGUUGAAAGAUAAUUUUUUUAAACAACAUCCAAAUUCACGGCAAAAGGAUUGAAAAGAUUGUAAAAAUGAUGACAACCGAUGGAGCGUCUCCGCAAUGAGAUAAAACCAAAGAAUCCCGCCCUCACCCCAACCCACCCAAAAAAAAAUCAGUUGUCUUAUUUGAGUUUUGACGUAUUUGACGUGAUCGCUGACACCCAAGAUGCUUUAUAGAGCGACGCCAUUGCUGAACAUCGCCAUCACGAUACUGAUCCUUGCGGCCCGUGGAGUCGGGGCGGCGCCCGCUGACCGAGAAAUUCUGUACACUCCGGAUCUUCAUCCCAGUCUGACUCAUUUGUCAGCCGUACCACCAAGGCCUUCAACCCUUGCUCAGAGCCAGUUCCUCAAACAAUGGCGCUCGAAUGGCAGAGGCGAAGUCGUGAGGAGAGCAGACAGAACCACCUCGAGGACAUUUACUGCGGCCAUGAGAACCCACCCUGGGUCAGACGGUCCGGAAAAGCGGGCCCAGAUGCGGAAGAUGAUGUCAGUCCUAGAGGAGAUGCAGCGGACCUUUAACAGUACACUGAGCACACGGAUUACCUUCCUUCCAAGAGCAAAUGGCAGAAAUUCAGGACGAAAAAAUAAAGUGGCUGGAGUGUUUCCCAGCACUGUCACCCCAGCAGCUGAUGACAGCACUGCAUCGAGAGCGAGUGCCGACGUCCUCGUUCCCAGCCUGACUGGUCGGAACUUCCGGAAGUCCCUCCCACCGCAACCCAAAAAGACUAACAAAAGAGUAUGUUUCUGGAAGUACUGCUCCCAGAACUGAGUGGACGUCACCCAGCAUAACCACCCCUGCCCCCUCGUGAGCUUCCCUUUGCAUUCCUACAUUUCAUCACCUAUCAUCCAUCCAACAUAACGCUAUAGUUUAUCAAAAUGCUUGUGAGAACAUAUGCAGCAUCUUUUAUUCGUCAUCCACGGCACCCGCCACCUUCCAUACCUCCCCUGUGGGCGAGUGUUUGACCUCUGAGUGCUAGGCAACGUCGCUGUGGCAUCAGGAAGGCUGGGGCCUUCUCCCGUGGCGGCGCCAGCUUGGAUGCAGACCUUUUCAACCGACUCGUUAAUUAACAAAAGUGACCAAUCAAAGAAGACGAUGUGUGCUCACGGCCGAGCGCAUGAAGAAACAUCCCCAAUUAAUAGCCCCCUCCCACAUUUUAUGAUUUGA